UCGUACGAAAUUCUAUUGGGAAAAAAAUAGAUUUACGAUAGCAAAAAUAAAAUGUAACUGCAAAAAAUAUAGUUCAAAAGCGUUUUUACCAUGCCUCUUAUAUGAAUAGCUAAAGUGAUAUGAAUAAUGAAGAAAUAAACGUGCCUGUUGUAUCACGAAAAACAAAAAAUAAAUGAAAGAAAGGAUACAGAGAGAGAAAAAAAGAAAGAAAAAGGAACGAUAACCUACGUAGCUCAUAGAUUAGGAAGUUGUUGUCGAGAAAUUUAUGACAGUAAAAAAAAAUUAUACCAAAAAACAUAUGAUAUAUAUAAAUUAUAUAUAAAGUCUAUUUAAUCGAUUGCCUUUAGUUUUCUAUAUACGAUAGAGACAAUAUAACAUUAUCUACUAUUUUCUGGGCUACGUGUCUCAACGAGUGCCGCGAUAUAUUUAUAUUAUAGUGCGAUAUUAUGUGGUAUUGUAUAUUAUAUUUCAUGGAUCAUAUUCUCUCCCACAUGGGCAACUUUGCUUUUGCAAUGAGGAUGAUAAGAAUCUGUAACGUUCCUCACCGUAAAUACACGCACACGAUAUACUGAGUUCACACUUACUAAGAAAUUACUAUACGAAAACAUAUUUAUGAAAUUCUCUGUAUUAGGAGCGAGAAAUUUUUUUCUUUGAUUAUUUUGCAUCGAUUGUAAUAUUGUAUUGUGCCGAUCGAUUGUGUGACCAAGGAAUGCGUCUUCUUUUUUUUGUCGUUUAUUAAUAAAAAUCGAACGGAUAUAUACUAUAUUGCGUACUGACGAGCAGAGGGAGCUUCGUUUUGAGAACAAAAAGACGAGAAUAAUUUUAAGGCAUCGAUGCGGCAUUCGUAUAGGAAGCGAAAAAAAAUUGAUGAAAAUAAAUAAUAUAGUUACUAGGCGUGUUGCGGGUGGUGAUUUUAUUUUUUAACAAACUAAAUUGACUAUAAAAAAGAGGAGAGAAAGAUUGCAUGAAGAAAUAAGUCCUCUCCUUGAAUAUAAAAAUAAAAAAAAUCUCAUUCUAAAAUGAAAAAAGCGCUUACUACAACAAAACCCUAUGUAAAAUAUUCCAGUGUAAAAACCAGAACUGCUAUGUGUAAUAUUUUGUUAAUAUCUAGAUUUUCCGUUUUUCGAAUUGUGUGUAGCCGCGAGCAGCAGCAUUUCUAUACUUGCUAAUUGCGGAUGAUUUUUCGAUGUGAAACAAAAAAAACUUGUCCAUAAAAAUUCCAUGAUCACCGAUGUUUAAGUGGAUAAAAGUUAAGAUAUUUAAUCGAACAUUGUAUGAUCGUUGAUCGUUUACCAAGUGUUAUAACACGUAUUAUAUAUAUGAUGAUAAAACAAAAAAACAAAACAAAACAAAUCCAACAACUAAUAUAACAUUCAUGUUGUAUCUCGAUGGAAUUCAAGUUAUUUUAUUAUAAUAAAAUUAAAGAAGACGAUAAACAAAUAUACAUCUUGUGCGUAAAAAAUAAUUAACUGUAUAGGAUAUAAAGAAUUUUAUCGAUAGAAAAAACGAACAUCCUUCUCUGAAUUAAUUUCACGAUAAAGCAAUGUGUAAAUAAAAACGACAUAUGACCAUUGAAAGUUUUGUAAUAAAAAAAAACCUGUGUUACCUCUGAUAAAUGGAUUACAUAAGAAAAACACAAUAUUGACAAGUUCUGAAUGUAUAUCGUUGAUUAAUCCCUCCUCAUAUGCUCAAGGAUUGGAAUAUACAAUUUUUUUGUACGAAAAAUGUAUCGUUUGUAACCGUUUUAAAGCAUUGACUCUUUGUUUUUGAGAAAAUUAUCUUAAAAAAAUAAAUUAAUUAAUUAAAAAAUAAAGACUUUUGCUCGCAAUUCGUGCUUAUUGAACAUAAAUGCGAAAUUGCACACACUUUGUACGCGUGCUACCCAAAAGGUAUAUUAUAAAAAAUAUUCGUUUUAAAGAGAAAAGCAAGGCAGAGCUAGGAUAGGACUAGAGAGUUGAAUAAUAAAAAAAAAGCAAAAGCGACGCAAUAAACAAAAGUAUUCGAAGCUGCAAUUCGUAGAUGAUUUAACAAAAAAAUUAAAACAGCGUGAGACUUGCUUUUCUGAUAAUAUACACACACGCGCGCGCGAGAAACAUUAUAAGCCGAGACGGAAUUCCGAGUAUAAGUUUGAACAAAAUUCACACCUUAUACAUAAAAAAAAUUAUAGAUGGAGCUUCAGAAAUAAUAAUAAAAGAAAAAAACAAAAAAAUACCAUUGUGUAAAAGUAAAGGUAUAAUGUAACAAAAAAAAACACGUGCACACGAUGAUAAUGCAUCUUGUUAUUUAUAAUAAACAGAAUCAGAAAGAUGAAAAAGCCUAACGAUGUUUUUCUUUCAAUUCCUUCCUAAUUCGAAAAAAUAAUUCAAAACACUAAAAACGCUGCGUCGAACGCGUAAUUUUUUCAACUACACCUGUACCUGCCGAGUUUCGUUUUACCUGCAGAGCAGAGCAGUCGCGAUCGUGCGAAAAAUUCGCAGCAGCAAAAGCGGCGCCACCUUCGGGUCUUGGCACGCAACAACGGUGGGCCCCGCACUACAUUCGCAGCGCACGACCAAGCGGCAUUCGACGCUCGAGCGGCGUAGGAGUGAGGUCCUAUCCCAAGCGAUAUAUACACAAUAAUAACAGUCGGUGCGCGCGUUUGUGUUUAUACACGCACGAUAAACGCGUGUCGUCGUCGGUGUUGUUGUUGUGUCGUUACACAUUUUCUCGCGAGCGCUCGAUCUUUUUUAACAAAAAGUUGUGAGAAAAAGAGAACAUAAAGUACAUUUCGCGCGUCGUUCGUUCAUCGCAAAAAGUGAUACGAAUUUUAUCAACAUCGAGAGGAAAAGUUAGAACGAAGAAUCAUACAGGUCGAUCGUUCGAAAGGUGGUGCGGCACAGGUGCAAAUGUGGUGUGUGUGUAACUCGGUGUGAUUCUUAAUGUUUGUAUACGAUGAGAAAAUAUACGUAACAGUGUGUGUGUGGUGAAUAAUAAUAUAAUAUAAAAUCAACGUGUGUAUACGAAGUGCGGCUCCUCGCGACUCUGCUUGGAUUUUCUUCGAGAAAAUAAGGAUAAACUGUGCGUGUGUGUGUCUUGGGCAGCAGCAAGCGAUAUUUAGUGUCUCACGGCGGCGCAUCUCUCCGGCGCCCAGCGACAUGUGCGAUUCUCAUCGGCGCGUCGUCGACGACGAGAAGAAUAAUAAUAUUAUUAUCAACGAGCGACAAGGACUAUUGUCGUCAUCGUCAACGAGCAGCAAGAAGAAGCAGCAGCCGCGCGAUCUGACGCCGCAGCCGAGCUGGAAACGAUCGUCCUUGGCGCCCUGCUGCUGAAAAAUAAUUAUUAAUACAAUAAUUAAUAUAUAUCUGGCAUAAAGAUAUAUAGCAACGAAAUAAACGCACGGAACGUAUACGUAUGCGCGAUUACGUAGCAAAAGAAGAAGGAGACCAACUGCUGCAGCGACGACACAUCUCGAUCGGUGGUGGUUGUGGUGGUGGUGUUGUUGUUGGUGUUGAUGUUUGUUGUUGUGUGCGGGUGCCAAUUUACCGGUGCGAUAAGCGGAGCGCGAUUAUUAUAACGCGCCGAGAGCAGCAGCAUAUCAUAUUGUUUUGUGUCUGUGUGUAUGUGAUUGUGAUUGUGCGUCGCGAGGUUGACGAUGCUCCGACGAGCCGGAGGUUACCGUUGUUGCUGCUGUUGGCUAUAUAAUACGUCGUCGGCGUGAGAGAGCACAACACACAUACACACCCGAAUAUCAAGGAUAUUCCGUGAAAAAAGAGAGAGAAAAGUGAAUAUAAUAGUGCACGCGUUUACAAAGUGGUGGUGGUGGUGUAUAUCCCAAGAAGAGAAGAAGUAAGAAGAAGAAGAAGCGAGAGCUGCGACGCUGAAAAAAAUAAAAUAAAGAAGAGGAUAGAAGAAAGAAUGACGCAGAAAAGGACGACGAUGGGGAGGCCGAGCCGCUGCUACCUGUUGCUGCUGUGCCUGCUCGUGGCCACGACGGCGCACCUGGCCCUCGCCGUUGUCAGAGAAGAAAGAGUAUGCAUCGGCACGAACGGCCGCCUGUCGGUGCCGUCGAACAAGCAGCACCACUACCGCAACCUGCGCGACCGCUACACCAACUGCACCUACGUCGACGGCAAUCUCGAGAUCACCUGGCUCCAGAGCCCCGAGUACGAUCUCAGCUUUCUCCAGCACAUACGCGAGGUCACGGGCUACGUCCUGAUCUCGCACGUCGACGUGCCCCGCGUCGUAUUGCCCCGCCUCCAAAUCAUUCGGGGUCGCACCCUCUUCCGCGUCGAGAUACAGAAGCAGGAGUUCGCCCUCAUAGUCAUGAACAGUCAGAUGUUCAAUCUGGAGAUGCCGGCGUUGCGCGACAUCUUGAACGGCAGCGUCGGGGUCAUACAGAACUACAAUCUGUGCCACAUCAAGACCAUAAACUGGGACGAGAUCAUCACCGGGCCCGGUCGCAAGUACAACUACAAGUUCAACUUCACGACGCCCGAGCGAUCCUGCUCGGAGUGCGACAAGAGCUGCGAGCAGGGCUGCUGGGGCGACGGCCCCGAGAACUGUCAGCGCUUCUCCAAGACCAACUGCUCGCCCCAGUGCUGGCAGGGACGCUGCUUCGGGCCCAAUCCGCGCGAGUGCUGCCAUCUGUUCUGCGCCGGUGGCUGCGUCGGUCCCAAACAGUCCGACUGUCUGGCCUGCAAGAACUUCUACGACGACGGCGUCUGCACCCAGGAGUGCCCGCCCAUGCAGAAGUACAACCCCACGACCUACUCGUGGGAGGUGAACCCCGACGGCAAGUACGCCUACGGCGCCACCUGCGUGAGGAAGUGCCCGGAGCAUCUACUCAAGGACAACGGCGCCUGCGUGCGAUCCUGUCCGCCCAAGAAGAAGGCGCUCAACGGCGAGUGCGUGCCGUGCGAGGGCUCCUGUCCCAAGACCUGCCAGGGCGACCAGACCGUGCACUCGGGCAACAUCGACAGCUUCAAGGACUGCACGAUAAUCGAGGGCUCGAUCAGCAUAUUCGAUCACACGUUCAAGGGCUACCAGCAGAUAUUCUCCAACAACGGCUCGUUCGGCUCGCGCUUCGAGCCCAUGCACCCCGACCGCCUCGAGGUCUUCAGCACGCUCAAAGAGAUCACGGGCUAUCUCAAUAUCCAGGGCGACGACAAGAAUUUCAAAAAUCUCUCGUACUUCAGGAAUUUGGAGGUGAUAGGGGGUCGCGCGCUGACCGAGUACUUCUCCAGUUUGUACAUAGUGAAGACGUCGCUGGUGUCGCUGCAGCUGAGCUCGCUGAGGAAGAUCAAUUCGGGCUCGGUGGCGAUACUGGAGAACAAGGAUCUGUGCUACGCCGGCACCAUCAACUGGGACAAGAUCAGAAAGUCGCCGGAGCACGAGAGCCUGCUGGCCAACAACAAGAAUCAGACCGAGUGCAUCAAAGAGGGCUUGGUAUGCGACGAGCAAUGUUCCGAGGAAGGCUGCUGGGGUCCCGGAGCGCACCAGUGUCUGUCCUGCAAGAAUUUCAUGCUCAACAACAAUUGCGUCAAAAACUGUAACUCCCCAGGAAUCUAUCAAGCCGACAGCAAGAACUGCAUGCCGUGCCACGAGGAGUGCAACGGCACGUGCACGGGGCCAUCGGCCGAGCACUGCGUCAGCUGCAAGCACGUGCGAGACGGCCCGUUCUGCGUCAAGGAGUGUCCCUCCUCGAAGUACAACGAGGGCGGCGUCUGCAAACCCUGCCACGAGAACUGCGUGGGUGGCUGCGAGGGCCCCGAGAACAACAUCGGCCCGAACGGCUGCCACAGCUGCGACAAGGCCAUCAUGUCGUCCAACAGCGAGGCCCAGCUGCCCGAGGGCUGCCUGCCUAAGAAGGAGGUCUGCCCGGACGGCUACUUCCGCGAGUGGGUGAGCUCGCAGGAACAAGGCGCUCUCAAGCCACUGGCUGGCAAGGAGAUCUGCCGCAUGUGCCAUCAGGGCUGCGCCAAGUGCACCGGCUACGGCACCCACGAGACGGUCUGCCUCGAGUGCGUCAAGUACAAGCGCGGCCAUCACUGCGAGCUCGAGUGCCCGGCGGACUACUACGUCGAGUCCGGCACCCAGAACUGCCUGGCCUGUCACGCCGAGUGCCUCGGCUGCCACGGACCCGACAGCACCGACUGCACCAAGUGCCGCAACUUCAAGGUCUUCCUCGACAGCGACAGCAGCAGCAGCAACGAUCUGAGCCAGGACAACAGCACCCUGUUCAACUGCACCAAGGCCUGCCCGCCCGAGUUCCCGCACAAGAACUUCCCCGUGAACGAGGGCGAGAUCUACUGCUCGCAGGAGCGAGCGUUCGCCUUCGAUACCGAGCUGCAACCGGCUAUCCUCGGCGGCGUCGGGAUCUUCGUCAUCAUCUUUCUGGCCUUCGCCGGCCUGAUGAUGUAUCAGUGGCGGCUCCGUGCCAAGGCCAAGGAGAACACCGUGAAGAUGACCAUGGCCAUGACCGGGUUGGACGACAACGAGCCGCUGAGGCCGACCGGGGUGAAACCCAAUCUCGCCAAGCUGCGCAUCAUCAAGGAGGAGGAGAUGCGCAAGGGCGGCAAGCUCGGCUUCGGCGCCUUCGGUAACGUCUACAAGGGCGUCUGGGUGCCCGAGGGCGAGAACGUCAAGAUACCCGUGGCCAUCAAGGUCCUACACGAGGACACGAGCGGCGCCAACACCAGCAAGGAGUUCCUCGACGAGGCCUACAUCAUGGCCUCGGUGGAGCAUCCGAAUCUGCUGCAGCUCCUGGCCGUCUGCAUGACCUCGCAGAUGAUGCUCGUGACUCAGCUGAUGCCCCUCGGCAACCUGCUCGACUUCGUGCGCACGAACAAGGACAAGAUCGGCUCCAAGCCCAUGCUCAACUGGUGCACGCAGAUAGCUCGGGGCAUGGCCUACCUCGAGGAGCGCCGCCUGGUGCAUCGCGACCUGGCAGCGCGCAACGUACUGGUCCAGACGGGCAACUGCGUCAAGAUCACCGACUUCGGUCUGGCCAAGCUCCUCGACAUCAACGAGGAGCAGUACAAAGCCGCGGGCGGUAAGAUGCCGAUCAAGUGGUUAGCCCUCGAGUGCAUACAGCACCGGAUCUUCACCCACAAGUCCGACGUGUGGGCCUUCGGCGUGACGAUCUGGGAGGUGCUUACGUACGGCGGUAGGCCCUACGAGAGCGUCUCGGCGCGCAACGUGCCCGAGCUGCUGGAGAAGGGCGAGCGACUGCCCCAGCCGGCCAUCUGCACCAUCGACGUCUACAUGAUCAUGAUCAAGUGCUGGAUGCUGGACGCCGAGUCGAGGCCGAGCUUCAGGGAGCUCGCCGAGGAGUUCGCCAAGAUGUCGCGCGACCCCGGCCGAUAUCUCGCGAUCAAGGGCGACAAGUACAUGAGGCUGCCGGCGUACACGAUGCAGGACGAGAAGGAGAUAAUCAAAAAUCUGGCCUCGUCCAUGGACGGGCCCGAGGCGCUGGUCGACGCGGACGAGUACCUGCAGCCCAAGUGUCGGGCGCCGUUGCCGCCCAAUCUGCUGUCCAACAGCACGUCGGCCGGCUCGGGCUCGCCACCUGCGACCCCCAUCAAGACGUGCUGGCCCAACGGCGUGUCGCUCACGGGCGGCAGCACCAACACCAUGAUGGACUCGCCCACGCCCAUGCAGAACCAGCAGAACUGGGACCGCGAGCUGCUGAGGUACGGCACGGCCGUGCUCAUGCAGCAGCAGGCCCAGGCCCAGGCCCAACAGCAGCAGCUGGCGGCGGCGGUGGCUGCUGGCUCGACCAACGGCUCGAUCGUCGCCGGUGUCAGCAGCGCCAACCCGAGCGUCACGAAUACCCUGCAGAGGUCGCACUACGGCCGGCCGAACGGCCACUGCCACCAGGGCAGCGGCGUCAACGGCUUGUCGGGUGCGGCGGCGGGUCAGCAGGUCAACGGCGGCGGCGUCGGCUCGUCGGCCAUCUCGGAGAACGGCAGCACGCGUUACUGCUCCGAUCCGCUCAAGAUGGUCAGAGGUGAGUGUCUCGUCGAUUUUUACCCCACGUCGACGACGUCCAGUCGUCUGUGCGUCAACAACAGCGAGUACACGUUGUCGUAUCAUUUAUCAGACUGUGACGUGACAGAUGACGGCUUCGCUGCGGAAGCCGCGGUGCAGCAGCAUCACCAGCAGCAGGCUUCCGUGGGCGGCGUCAAGCUGGAUCUGCCGAUCGACGAGGACGACUACCUCAUGCCGUCGCCCGCGUUGCCCACCACCAAGACCCAGUACAUGGAUCUGAUCAGCGAGGUCACUUCAGCCGAAUCACUAGCCAAGCGUCUGAACAACGGCUACCGCAAGUAUCCGGACUUCCUCAAUCUGCCGGGCAAGACGUCGCUCGACAAUCCCGAGUACAUAAUGUCGCAGGACGAGCCGCCGUUGACGCCCCAGCCGCUGGGCAUACCGACGUCGCCCAAGGACCUCGAGAAGGUCCUGGCCAACGGGGCCUUCGCAGGCAUCAACGGCCAGCAGAUCAAGCAACGAGGAGCCAACGAGGAGGAGUCCGACCACGAGUAUUACAACGACUUCGAUCGAUUCGAGCGCGAGCUCCAGCCGCUCAAGCCGCUGAGAAAGAACGAGACGACCGUUUAAAGAGACUUGUUAUACGAAAGAAUAUAUUUAUUAUACAUACGCACAAGCAAAGUGUGACCCGCCGCGCGAAGAAGGUGGCCCACACUUUGGAUCUCGAAUUUAUCUAAUUAGAAUUGUAUAAACGCGUUGUGUACAGAGAGAAAGAAAGGAGAGAAUUAGCGCACACGGACACGAAUGAAAAAAAAAAAAACGGUGCGAUUAUUAUUAACUCGUAAGAAUUGUACAGCUGUAUAGAGAUAAGUAAGUUGUUUCCUAAUCUAAUUGUUUUCUAAUCGAAACUAUAUAUUAUGAUGUAAGUUGUAAUUUUUUCCUCCUCCCCCGAUUGUAUCGUUGUCGAUCGAACAAUAACGCGCGCGCGCCCCUUACAAUGCGAUACACAAACGACUCUGUGUAUCUCGCGAUGUAAAAGUGAUGUUUGUGUGUGUCUGGUGGUGUUUGUUUGUGCUGUCUAUGCGAGCGCGCGCGAGGGUGUCGACCAAACUGCUUUCCCUUAAGACGGAAAUGAAUUUUACGAAUCUUUUGUGCUUUAAAGACAGAGAGAGAUGACACUGAAUCGGUUUGACGACGCCCUAUAUUAUACGAUAGCGCAAUUUGAGCGAUUCAAAAAUUGCCGCUGGCCUAUACAUGUAUUACGUGAAAAACGAAAAAAGAAUAAUUUACUGUACUUAGAUCUUCCUUGAGUAAAACCGAGCGUGACUUGUUGAUUGUGAUUAUGUAACGAUAUAAUGCAUAUAACGUGUGAAAGGACGAAUAUGAGUAAGAGAAUGUUGGGUUAAACCUUGACUCGAAGAAGCAACAAAAAAAUUAUAAAUAUAUAUUUAUAAAAAAUGUUAUGAAUAAAAGCCUCGAUCGUGCGAUCGCAUCGAUACGACUGUUAAAAAAAUGAAAUUGAUUUAAAAGAUAUAUGAAAAUCGAUGUGUCGCUCGUUAUCCCGGCUCUACACAAUGAACUUUAGUGCAAAUGGUAUAUACUUUUUUAUAUAAAUUCUUAAUGUGCCAUUUUUUACGUGGCUUGUAUAUAUGUGUAAUUUACAAAUCGUAGAUCGUAAUAUAAAUUCUCAUCUACUAUGAACAAACUUUAUAAAUUGUGUAUAAAUUUAGAUUAUAGAUUGAAUUAAAGUCAUUGUUUUUUUUUACAAAAUUACGUGUAAGUAAGAGAAUAUAUUAUGAUUAAAUAUAUCUCACAAGUAGAAUGACAAAUAAUUUUUGCGAUGCUUUUUUUUUCUUCUUAUUUUUCCAAUUACUUUUUUUUUUUAAUUAUGCUAAUAUUUUUCGGUUAAACGAAGUCGAAAUUUCGUUAUAACACCGAUAAACUGUGAUAGAAAGAUUUUAUCAUUGAAAGAACGAACCAUUGAAUUAAUCAAUUCGAUGUACAAUUUUUUUAGACGUACCGUAUCGGAAAUAGAUCAUCAAUCGAAGAGCGCUUACGAAUCAUUGUAAUCAAAACCGUCGAAACCAGGUAAACGAUUGUUCAGGACCAAAAAGUAGCGCUGACAAGUCGUUUUUACGACGAAAAAGAGAUAAUCAAAAUUUUUGAUGGGCAGCAUUUCUACUUAAAUUUUUAAAACUGCUUCUUUUGUACGUGAGAAAAUUCAAUCGCACAAAGUUUAACUAUAUUUGUACAAUGGGUGACUAACUAACAUGAAUUCUGCCGUUCGUUGCAUUGACUAUAUCAACAGAACUUGAAUUGUACAUGAACUACGUAGACUAUAUGAAAACUGUUCAAUAAUUAUACAAUAGACGAAAAAGUACUUGAAUCAACUAGUUUUAUCAACUAGCGGAAAAUUAAUUUAUACAGAUAAGAGCGUAAUUUAUAAAAUUUAUACACAACGUAACUUUACAAGGCCUACAAAGGUGCCAUUUUGUACAGAAAAUUGAAGAAAAGUGUGUCAAACGAAUCAUUGACAAUAAAGGCGUUUUUAUAAUCGAGUGAAUUUUCAAAGCUGGCGCGUGUUGGAAAAAUAUUUUUUAUUGUAAUUUUAUUAAAUUGUUAUGAAAGUAAUAUAUUUAUUAAUCAGAUUUAUUAUAAAAUCAAAUCAUGACAUCGAAAAAAAAAUGAGCAAAUUGUACAUAUAUUAUUUUUGAAGGACACCAACGCGCAAAAGAACAUAACGUUAAGUCAAUAUUUAUAAUAUUGUGCAUAUUAUCGACUAAGUGUUACUAAUUAUUAUUAUUGUAUUUUGGUAUAAAUUUUAAGAUUACGUUUUAUUUCUCGACCCUAUACAUGACUACUACUUUUUAUUGUGUACAUCGUGUAAGUUUGUAAAAUACGCGAAUGAAAUAUCAUGCCUCCAACAACAACAAAAAAGAG